AUGAAGAUCUACGUUUGUGUUUUCGUAUGUUUUAGUGCUAAGGCAGUGCAUUUAGAACAAGUUGGAGACAUGACGACAGAUUCCUUCAUAGCAGCUCUAAAACGAUUCAUUGCUAGACGUGGAAGACCGAAGGAAAUGUAUAGUGAUUGCGGCAGUAAUUUUAUAGGUGCCAACAGACAACUGAAAUCGUAUCGUUCGAACCAAAGGGUAGCUAGAUACUUAACAGAAGAAGAAAUUAAGUGGAAUUUCAACCCGCCUUCUGCACCACACUUUGGUGGACUGUGGGAAACCGUAGUAAAGGCUAUGAAAUAUCAUAUGAGAAGAGCAAUUGGUUCUCAAGUUCUAAUUUUUGAAGAAUUUGCUACUUAUCUAGCAGAAGUCGAGGCAUGUCUGAAUUCAAGACCAUUAGUAGCGAUUUCAAGUGAUCCAGAUGAUUUUUCCGUGAUUACACCGGGUCAUUUUUUAAUAGGAACAUCAUUAAAGGCUAUUCCGGAACCAAAUGUUGCGAGAGACUCUAACACUUCGCAAUCGUUGGAAACUAGUUCAGCAAAUGUCGCAGUCCUUCUGGAAAAAUGGUCUAAGGACUAUUUGACUCAACUGCAAGUUCGCACAAAAUGGCAUCGUGCUUCAGCAAAUAUUAAAGGUAAACGACUUAGUAAUCAUUAA